AUGGCGUUAGAAGUACUCGUCUCAGAUGCCCAGCAGGCACUGUUUCAUACAUGGGCUAUUGGCAGCGUCUUCGUGCUCGACAUUCAAGAGGCACCCAAGAGCCAGUUCCGCGCACUCGCAAAGCUGCUUGACUGGGUUGAUGGAGAGCAGACUUGGUGUUCCCGUUGGGAGGAGUGUUUCGGAGAAGAAUACACAUCGAAGUCUCCUGCUAUUGAAGCUUCCGCUGCUGAUACCGCCUCCGAUCUCAACCACCAAGACGCAACCACUUCCGCCAGCGCCGCUUCUGAUGUGGUUCUCGAGAGCUUAAGCACCCUUGCUAUCACCGUCACUGACGCCAUCCACGAGGACGCAGUUACUCCUGCUAGUACACCUCCGGGCAUCAUCACUGGGAGUAUAGAUACCCUUUCGUCAAUUCCGAACGCCGGCGAAGAUCGUGAAGCCUGUCUCCGUAAGGCCUCUGUCUGGUCUCAGUUCCACGGUUUCGAGCCAAAUCCCAGGGCGCGCUUCAACCGCGAGUUCCGGCGCCUCGCCAGACAAAUGAAAUGGACUCCUCAGGAGCGGCGCAGUUAUCGGACCGUUCUGUUCAACGCCGACUGGGAAGCUCACAUAGGGAGUGAAUUGGAAAAUUUGGCACACUGGCAAGAGCUUUGUCGCCUUUGUAGCAUUGAUCCGAUCCCCACUACUAUUGUUGGCUGUAUGGAGGUGCUUGCAGACGUCUUGGUCAACAUCUUCGAUCUGCUUGACUCGCAGCGGACGGGCGCCAACGUCUUGGUGUUCCAGGACUUCCAGGAGUUCAGAAAAUACACCCGAAAGAACCGUAUAUAUCCCAUUGACGAAGCGAAGGCAGACACGUUCUUGCCCAUCUUUCUCAAGAAAGUACUCUGA